GAGAAGGGGGCCAGCCGGCUGCAGGAAUUCAGCCUCGGGCUGGGGGUUGUCACCGAGGGGGAAUUUCUCCUCUUUGAAAACGGACUGGGGACCCCUCCACCCCACCCCUUUCACUGCACUUCUUAAAGGGAUCACACCGUUUUUCCUUUGACUCCAUGGAAGCCAGGUUUGGGACACUCCGUGGACACUUUGAACCUCUCCUUCCCACUUCCUUCCCAGCUGGCAGCCUUCCUCUGGCUGAGUGAGUGGGGGCCUCCCAGGCAUGGCACUGACCAGCCGACCCAGUGCUGACUUGGCUCCUGGGUUCCUUCAGCCUCGGGUGGCAUCUUGCUUACCCCCUCCAGGGGCGCAGUGAGUCCGGGGAGGGGGCGGCCCUGAGCUGCUUGGAGAGAGUCGUUGCCCCCCCCCCCAUUGCCCUCUCCCCCGAAGCUGGAGGACGGUGAGGUGGUCAGGGGCUACGAUGAGAUGAGCGGGGGCCGCUUUGACUUUGAUGAUGGCGGGGCGUACUGCGGGGGCUGGGAGGGGGGAAAGGCCCACGGGCACGGACUGUGCACGGGCCCCAAGGGCCAGGGCGAAUACUCGGGCUCCUGGAACUUUGGCUUUGAAGUGGCGGGUGUGUAUACCUGGCCCAGCGGAAACACCUUCGAGGGAUACUGGAGCCAGGGCAAACGGCAUGGGCUGGGCAUAGAGACCAAGGGACGCUGGCUGUACAAGGGCGAGUGGACGCACGGCUUCAAGGGACGCUACGGAACCCGGCAGAGCAGCAGUAGCGGUGCCAAGUAUGAGGGCACUUGGAACAAUGGCCUGCAGGACGGCUACGGCACGGAGACCUAUGCAGACGGAGGGACGUACCAAGGCCAGUUCACCAACGGCAUGCGCCAUGGCUACGGCGUGCGCCAGAGCGUGCCCUACGGGAUGGCCGUGGUGGUGCGCUCGCCGCUGCGCACGUCGCUCUCGUCCCUGCGCAGCGAGCACAGCAACGGCACGGUGGCCCCGGACUCGCCCGCCUCGCCGGCCACCGACGGCCCCACGCUGCCCGCGCCCGCCAUCCCGCGCGGUGGCUUCGCGCUCAGCCUCCUGGCCAACGCCGAGGCGGCGGCGCGGGCGGCCAAGGGCGGCGGCCUGUUCCAGCGGGGCGCGCUGCUGGGGAAGAUGCGCCGCGCCGAGUCGCGCGCGUCCCUGGGCAGCCAGCGCAGCCGCGUCAGUUUCCUCAAGAGCGACCUCAGCUCGGGCGCCAGCGACGCCGCGUCCACCGCCAGCCUGGGCGAGGGCGCCGAGGGCGCCGACGAGGCCGCGCCCUUCGAGGCCGACAUCGACGCCACCACCACAGAGACCUACAUGGGCGAGUGGAAGAACGACAAGCGCUCGGGCUUCGGUGUGAGCGAGCGCUCCAGCGGCCUCCGCUACGAGGGCGAGUGGCUGGACAACCUGCGCCACGGCUACGGCUGCACCACGCUGCCUGACGGCCAUCACGAGGAGGGCAAGUACCGCCACAACGUGCUGGUCAAGGGCACCAAGCGCCGCGUGCUGCCGCUCAAGAGCAGCAAGGUCCGCCAGAAGGUGGAGCACAGCGUGGAGGGCGCCCAGCGCGCCGCCGCCAUCGCGCGCCAGAAGGCCGAGAUCGCCGCCUCCAGGACAAGUCACGCCAAGGCCAAAGCUGAGGCAGCAGAACAGGCUGCCCUGGCUGCCAACCAAGAGUCCAACAUUGCCCGCACUUUGGCCAGGGAACUGGCUCCAGACUUCUACCAGCCAGGUCCGGAGUAUCAGAAGCGCCGGCUGCUCCAGGAGAUCCUGGAGAACUCGGAGAGCCUGCUGGAUUCCCCCCACCGGGGCCCUGGCGCCGCAGGCCUCUCGGAGCGGCCCCGCGAGAGCCCGGAGCUGCACGAGCGCGAGACCCCUGCGCCCGAGGGUGGCCCCCCGUCGCCGGCCGGGACGCCCCCUCAGCCCAAGCGGCCCCGGCCGGCCGCGGCGUCCAAGGACGGCCUGCUGAGCUCGGGCGCCUGGAACGGCGAGCCCGGCGGCGAGGGCAGCCGGCCGGUCACGCCGUCCGAGGCCGCUGGCCGUCGCAGCCCCGCGCGUCCCGCCAGCGAGCGCAUAGCCAUCGAGGCGCUGCAGGCGCCGUCCGUGCGGUCGCAGGAACCCGAGGUGGCGCUCUACCAGGGCUACCACAGCUACGCCGUGCGCACCGCGCCGCCCGCGCCGCCGCCCUUCGAGGACGAGCCCGAGCCCGAGGUCCCCGCGGCCGACUCGGCGCCCCCGUCCCCGGCCGCCCCCGGCACGGCGGCCCCGCCCCGAGGCUCCGCGCCCGAGAGCCCCGCCAAGCUGGAACCCAAGCCCAUCGUCCCCAAGGCCGAGCCCAAGGCCAAGGCCCGCAAGACGGAGGCCCGGCUGACCAAGGCCGGGGCCAAGAAGAAGGCUCGGAAGGAGGCGGCGACGGCGGCGGAGGUGGAGGUGGAGGAGGUCCCCAACACCGUCCUCAUCUGCAUGGUGAUUCUGCUUAACAUUGGCCUGGCCAUCCUCUUCGUUCACCUCCUGACCUGACCUCAUCCACCAGAGCCAGGAGUUCCUGCUGAGGACGCGUGGACCCAUCUUUCUGCAGUGCCCCGCAGGGCAGCCGAGGAGGACUGGACUCUGGACCUGGAUGCCGGGGGUCCAGCUCGCAUCCACACCACAGACAUUUAAGGAGGUUUCCCGUGGCGCCCAUGCCCGACGCAGGCGGUGCCCAGAGGGAGAGAAAGGGCCGAGCACCCUCCGGGAGCUCUCUGCCCAGUGGCAGGGAAAGCCCUGAAGGCAGAGCCUUGGUCUUGAGCACCCUGAUCUGCUCCGUCCCCCAUCCUCAUCCACUCCCUCGCCUCACCCCUGGGUCACCCCCUCCCCGGGCCUUUCUGUGUUUUGGGAGAAGUCACCAAACCAGGUUGUUAAAAUCCCAGUCGCCUUCUUUCUA